CAUUUAUUGCUUAAUAUAAUCUUGAUCCAGUACUCAAGCUAAAUCCAUAACAUUGGAUGCGUAUCUGGUUACUGACCUUCAUUACUUUCAUUGCAGGUUUUGUCUCUCUAGUCGUCACUGAGUCUGAACCUGAACCAGAUCCUGAACUCUACAAGCGAUGUGAGAACAGUGAAACUGGGCAAAUAUACCGUGAAGCUGAGACGUGGACAGAGGAAGGGAACUGUGCUGAAUGUAUCUGUCAAAAGGAUGGACCCGAGUGUUCUGAAUUAGUGUGCCCUCAGAUUAUGUGUGCGGAGGGCUCUAAAUCUGGGACUCUCCCGGCAAAUGCUGCCCUACCUGUAUUAGUGCCUGUGUUGAUAACAAGGGUAAAGAGUACGGUCACCUAGAGUCCUGGUCACCUGAUCCCUGUACAGAGUGUGAGUGCCUUGUGGACGAGAACACUGGAGAUAAGGAGGAAGUGUGUUCUAUGAUGGACUGUCCAGACUCUGGAGAAUGUGAUAGGAGGAUCAUCACACCUCCUGACCAGUGCUGCCCUAUUUGUCCCGAACAUUGUGUAGACAAUGAUGGUAAGGAGUAUGGCCAAGGAGAGACGUGGUCUCCAGAUCCCUGUACCCACUGUACCUGUGAAGUGAACGAGGAUACAGGAGAGAAACAGGAAAUGUGUGCUGUGAUGGAUUGUGAAGAUCCUGCAGGAUGCAAUAAGGAGAUGAUCAGAAUUCCUGAUCAGUGCUGCCCUAUUUGUCCCGAACAUUGUGUAGACACUGAUGGUAAGGAGUAUGGUCAAGGAGAGACGUGGUCUCCAGAUCCCUGUACCCACUGUACCUGUGAAGUGAACGAGGAUACGGGAGAGAAACAGGAAAUGUGUGCUGUUAGCGGCUGUGCUUGGCCAGGAGAAUGUCCUUGGGACACGAUCACUCCUGAUGACCAUUGUUGUCCUAUUUGCCCUUGUACCAACCCUGAAACUGGUGAGACGCACAAAGUUGGAGAAGGUUUUCAAGCGGACCCAUGUACACAUUGUACUUGUAUGGAGAAAGGAAUACUGCAGUGUGACAUGAUUAUGUGUGAUAUACCCAACUGUCUGGAAUUGAACGGUGGUGGGUGGAGGAUGUGGAACAAACCUGGUAGUUGUUGUCCUGGAUGUAUUGGACCCUGUUCAGAUGAUACAGGAAAGGAGUUUGAAGUAGGAGAGUCCUGGAAAAGAACCUCUUGUAAAGAAUGCAAGUGUAUUGAUAAAGAUGGAGGCAAAAUGGAGAUUUGCGAUGAUAUUUGUGAGACGAAAUGUCAGAGAUUUGUGAUCCAUGGACAAGAUUUCAUUUGUUUGGACGAUUACAACUGUGACGCAGUAAAAUGUGCCGCUCCAGACCUCUACUCCAGAACCUACGCCGACAAAUGCUGCACCCAUAGUAUACCUGACGAGUGUGGAUUAGAGGAUUGUGCAUCUCUCGACUGUAACUAUAAAGAUGCAGUUUACAUCAGCACCUCUCCCUGCUGUCCUAUCUGUGUUAUACUGACACCCCCUACAGAAGUACCGCCCCCAACAGAAUCCCCUGACGAGUGUGCGCUAGUUGACUGCCCGGCUCCACCCAAAUGUGUCACUGGUUAUCCUGUAACCUUUGAGGGCGAUUGUUGUGCAUCGUGUAAACCUGAUUACUGCAAUGCAGUGGACUGUAUGCCCGUACACCCUAACUGUGAAUCUGUUUACACCUCCAAGUCACCUUGCUGCCCUGUUUGUAAAGAUCCCCCGGUAUGCCCUGAGGGAGAAGAUAUGGCGCUGUGUUUCUCCGACCCCUGCACAGCUACUAAAUGCAGAAACUAUCCUUACGCUGAAUGCAAAGCUAGUUUCUGCGGGGAGUGCACGGCUAUCUUCUAUGAUGAGAACGGUGAUGUGAUUACAAACUGCGAGGGUGACUGUCUGGAUGGGCAAUUAAUUAAAGAAUGCGGUUCAGCAUGCACCCCUACAUGUGAAAACCCUCUUCCUGCCUGCACGAAGAACUGCGUGAGGAGAUGUGAGUGUCUGUUUGCCCGUUCUAUCCUGUACAAACAAUCCUGCAUACCAGAGAACGAAUGUCCUGAUUACCUGCCGUUUUGCGAUGAGAUUUACAGUGAUGAGGAUUCUGACGGUGACAUUGACUUUGCUCAAACUUCUUCAAGUGGCAGUUCCAGUGGCAGUUCCAGCAGCAGUAGAAACACUAGAUCAGUCCAAACAACUGAAGUAACAGAUCCUGACUGUGGAGAAGCCGAGGUGGAGUGUGACGAGGACCCAUGUGAAACAGCAAAGUGUCCCAACUUUCCCUAUGCUAAGUGUCGGGUUGACACAUGUGGCAAGUGUCAGGCUGUUUUCUACCACGACACUGGAUCCCGUAUUGACAACUGCAAAGGAGACUGUCUAGGAAACAUGAUUUUCAACAACUGUGGUAGUGCCUGUACCGCUACCUGCUCCAACCCCAACCCUGUCUGUAUAGAGAUGUGCGUGGCAAGAUGCGAGUGUCCCAGUGAUGUACCUCUACUUACUGGCAGCCACUGUAAUCCUAGAGACGAGUGCCCGGAAGAAGAGGAAGGCAACUCUAACAGUGGUGGAGGCAGUGGUGAGAUGUGUCGUCCUAGAUACCCUGACCCUGACCCUGACUCUGACUCUGAACCUGACUCUGAACCUGUUCCUCCCGAGCCUGAGUGUGGAGACAUUGUCAACUGUUUCGAAAACCCCUGUAAAGUCCAAUCCUGUCCAAACUACCCGAGAGCCAGGUGUAGAGCCAACUACUGUGGCGGGUGUAAUGCUGACUUUUAUGAUAGUAGCGGUGCUCGAAUCUCUGAUUGUGAGGGAGAAUGUAAAGCCCCCAAGAAGUACACAGAGUGUGGGAGUGCCUGUCCGCAGACCUGCUUCUCCGACCCCUCUCUACCCUGUAUAGCAGUGUGUGUCCCCGGGUGUUCCUGUCCCAGUUCUGCUCCAGUUCUCUACAGAGGGAAGUGCAUUGCCAGGGAUAUGUGCCCAGCCAUGGAUGAGGUUGAAGCAAUGGAUGAAUCCAAGAGACUGUUUGAUGAUCCUAGUGAGACAGAUACUAUAAGAGACUCCAGCACCUCUGUAUUAUCUAUUACUCUGACUCUGGGUAUUCUCACUAUAGUGCGAUUAGUCUUCUUCUGAUGUUUCUUUGAGUUUGACUGAGACGUCAAUGCCUACGUAGCUCGUAGCUUUAGCGUUUCUUUUACUAUUACAUUGCGCAAUGUUUGCGCUUCAAACACUUUAGAAACUUCUGCGUUAGAUAUACGAUAAAAACAAUACAGGGAGUUUUAAAAACUGUCAUGAUAUUUUUAAACGAUAGACGAGUUAGUAAAUAUGCUAAUAACGAAAUAUGAGUUACGAUUUGUUCAUAAACAUAAGUCCUUAUUGCAGCUUAUUUUGUCCUUAUUUCUUAAACAUAA